AGCCUUUAUGCCUGUCAGCGACUGCGCGAGCCUUUCGUGAGAGAAGUGACUUUCGCCACCCUCUCAGCCAGGACCGGCAACUAAUUUUAGACACCGGCAUUCGGCUUCAACAACACUUCCUCAGUGAAAGAACAUCACGAUUAUCAUGUAGUACCGGUAUCUACCGCACCAUCUUUCUAUUCCAGCUGCUGGCGAUGAAAUGGAUUCCUGGUAACUCUCGCACUGAGCAAAGAAAGUGCAUCGAUCUCUUUUGGAAGAUCAACCACGAAUAUCUGAAUCCUAAUGGUCUAUCUAUUACGAUAGGUGACUUUGGAACCCUUGACAAGAAAACCGGGAGUUUUCAACGCGAGGGGAACAUAUUCGAGCACCCCGAUUCGAGGGACAUUAUGGCGGCCCACGACUGGAAUGAUCCUCGAAAUACUACCACCAUCGAACACAUUUUCAAGCAAACCAAAAAUGUCAGGCGAAUUGACCUUCCCUUUGGGGUCGGAGCAGGAUUAACUGGAAUGGUAGACGGAAAUGUGACUGCCAAAUUUCAGCUUGAUACGGAGCGCGGUGUUCUGCUGUACAUGCACGGCGUCAAGUAUUCUAUUCUUCCCAUCGUCGAGACGUGGGUGCGAAAGCUCGAAGAAAUAGGCCUCUUCACGGCCAAGGGCAUCGUCACGGAAACAUAUACUUGCAGCCAUUAUGACUUGCUCAUGAACAACAAAGGGAAGCGGGAUGUGGGUGUGACUGUCACCGCGAGUAUUCCGAUUCCCGUAGCACCAGCUAUUAGUCCAUCAGUAAAUACUGGAUUCAGCAUAUCAGGUGACAGUGUGUCUGGCUUGAGGUGGCAGGGAACAAAGAAUGCGGAGUCCGACAGCUUCGUUCCUAUGUACCGUUUGAAGGCCUUACGAGGUGGUUCAGUCGAACGGGGAGCACCGGCGGACAAAAUCUUGGUUAAAGACUUUCCUCGGCCAUGGACAGAAAUCGAUGACGAAGGGCGAGAUAUAUUUGACUCCGACUCUGACGCCGAUUCGGACUCGUAAGCAUGAAGUAAAAGUUGUUGUAUGGAAUGAUAUCUUUGCUACAUAUCUUUCUACGUGAAACAAAUAACCCAUAUGGUCCAUGGUCGGUCUUGCGCUGCAUGGCGCGAAUGAAAUACCGAGCAGACCUUCCGACAGAAUAUAUUUCGAAAACGUUAUGUAAAUGAGGACGUAUCCAUCAUCAUGAU